AUGUGCCGACCGAACUCUGCGGUUGAUUUUAUGGCCUCGCACAAUCUUCAGACCUCUCAGCUUGCUCUGACCUCAAACAUCGGCAUGUCUCCGCGAACUGAAGGUGGUUUGGGCGAUCUUCAUGCGGCGUCACAGCUCAUCCCAAAGAAUGAACCAUACGUUAUGUUGAACAUGAUGAACUUUAAGCCGGAAGCUCAGUACGAUAAUGAUUUUGAAGGCUCUCCAUCAAAUCCUAUCUCGGGCGCUGAAGCCUACACGAUUUACAGGCAGGCAUUUGGAAAGCGAGCAACUGAGCUAGGGGUGAAAAAUCCUGCAGUUCUCUUCCUGGGUAAAGCCCACACAAAUCUGAUCGCCGGGCCACAGGAAGGUGAAUCAUGGGAUUUCAUUGUUAUGGUGAGGUUCGAAAACUUCGCCUCAUUUAAAAUGGUUCUGGAGGACGAAGGGUAUAUCAAAUUGAUUCAACCUCAUCGCCUUGCUGCGGUACGAGAGUUUCGCUCGUUUGCUGUCAGCGAAAUUCACUAA